UACGCUACAUCGAUGCUGGAAGAAAAGUCUGCUAUACUUCAUGCACCAGCCCAGUACCUAGCCAGAGAUUCUCCUCCAGCGUCGUACAUGAGCUCUCGAGCAGCGUCCUAGCCGGCCCCACUCCUUCCCCUCCCGAAACCGCCCCCCCUCCUCUCCCAUCAGCGCCGCGACUAGAGAUUCCCAUGAGACAUAGAUGGCAGAUGGUUACCGAUAUCCGCAGCAGGCCGUUGGAAACCCUCUAUAUUCUCAGUACAGCUCCGGCAGCUCCGUCGCGAACGGAAUAUUUCUAAAUUCUCUGCUAAACCACUUCGUUGCCGAUCCGCCGUCGCCGUCCAAAUCCCCCGUCCCGAGCUCCCCGAGCAAGAACCUGCGGAGCAUGUACGGUCAAGGCCACCAGCAGGGGCACAACUCCCGUCUCAAUGGCGCGCCGGGUGGUCAGCGGAUGCCCAUCCUCUAUAACUACCAGCAGCAACCAUCCCACCAGCACCAAACCCAUUCUCAGCACCACCAGGCCAUCCCGCAAGACCACUCCGGCCAUGGCGCGGGUGGCAACGUGAUCGGUCACCAUUCUAGCUUUUCCAGCGGCGUCAUGUCAAAUGCCAGCCCCUUCUCGGCGAACAAUCUGCAAAAUGGCCAUGCGCCACCCUCGAGAGCUGGCCAGGCUCAACAGAUAACCGAGCAUUGGGCCGAGCAGCUCCGGCUGCGGAAAGAGGCCGAGAGAGCGCACGCGGCCAUGACAGAGCAACACCAGCCGCACUACUAUGCGCGACUCAAGGCGCCCGAGAACCGGGGAAUCGGUGGCUCUGCUCUGACGCCUGGCAAUUCGGCGCCCGCUACAGACGGCGACGAGGAUAGGAGACGUCCUUGGAUUGUCGAGAAGUCGAACAAGCGACAGGACUGGCACAACCUCGACCUCAGCGGCCAGGGCCUGAGGAUCUUGUCUCCUGCGCUCUUCAGCUACACCUUCCUGCAAGAGCUCUUCAUCGCCUCGAACCGGCUGACCUACCUCCCCGCUGAGAUUGGCCAACUGCGACAACUGCGCGUGCUCGAGGCUUCCUUCAACCAGAUCUCAGAACUCCCUCCGGAGAUCGGCAUGUGCACCAACCUCAAGCAGCUGCUCCUCUUCGAUAACCACAUCCGGGAUUUGCCCUACGAGUUGGGAUCCCUGCACUACUUGGAAAUGCUUGGCAUUGACGGAAACCCCCUAAAUCCCACCAUGAAAGAGGAGAUUAUGGAGCGCGGGACGAAGAGCUUAGUCAACCUCCUCCGAGAGCAAGCCCCAGUACCCCUACCGCCGACCCCGCGGAAGCCGAUCGUAAUCCAAGAAGACGUAUCGCCCAACCUGGAGAGGGUCAAGAUAUUGACGUGGAACAUCUUGUGCGACAGGUAUGCGACUGCCCAGCUCUACGGAUAUACGCCGGCAGGCGCUUUGUCCUGGGACUAUCGCAAGGAGAGUAUUAUGCAGGAGAUACACGAUAGGGAUGCGGAUAUUUUGUGUCUACAAGAGAUCGCGACCGACACCUUCCGGGACUUCUUCAGCCCGGACCUCGCUGCAUACGACUACAAGGGGAUCCACUGGCCAAGGCCAAAGGCCAAGACCAUGUCAGAGAAGGAUGCUCAGGUUGUUGAUGGUUGUGGCAUCUUCUACAAAGCUAGCAAGUUCAUUCUGCUCGACAAGCAGCUGAUCGACUAUGCGACUAUCGCCAUCAACCGUCCGGACAUGAAGAACCAGCACGACAUCUUCAACCGGGUCAUGCCCAAGGACAACAUCGGGCUCAUCUGCCUGUUCGAGAGCCGGUCGACCGGUGCGCGCAUGAUCGUCGCCAACACCCAUCUGGCGUGGGAGCCCACCCUCGCCGACGUGAAGCUCGUCCAGACUGCCAUUCUCAUGGAGAAUAUCACCAGGCUGGCGGAGAAGUAUGCUCGCUGGCCGCCGUGCAAGGACAAGAGGAUGAUACAGCUUCCGUCGGACCCGGAAGACGGAGAGGAGGAGAAGAAGAAGGAGAUGCCCGAACCGGCGCCAUCCCAAGAGUACAGGAACAACACCGACAUACCGCUCUUCGUCUGUGGCGAUUAUAACUCGACUGCAGAUAGCAGUGUGUACGAGUUGCUGUCACAGGGACGGGUAGCGCCGGACCAUCCGGAGCUGGCUCCUUUCCAGUACGGCACCUUCACGCGGGACGGCAUCGAGCACCCCUUCAGCCUGCGGUCGGCCUACGUGCACCUAAACGGGACGCCCGAUGAGCUACCCUUCACCAACUACGUGCCCGGGUUCGCCGAGGUCAUCGACUACAUCUGGUACUCGACCAACACGCUCGAGGUGGUCGAGCUCCUCGGGCCGCCGGACCGACAGCACCUCAAGCGCGUGCCGGGCUUCCCCAACUACCACUUCCCUGCGGACCACAUCCAGAUCAUGGCCGAGUUUGUCAUCAAGGCCCGCAAGGACAAAAAGGCGAUUACAGAGCCGGAUUUUGGAUCAGGUAGUGGCGGCGGCGACCGGAGAGGCUAGGGAAGGGAAUUGUCGCCUCCUUAGUCCCCCGG